CACUUCCACUACAUUUCAUCCACCAUGAGCACUGAUCCAGACCCAUGGACUAAUACCCUCGAACACGACGAAACAAAUCCCCUCACAAAUACCAUUACCCGAAAUGAUCCCGACGCCGAUGCCCUGGAUGCAGCACGACCCCGCAAACGGAGAAGGAAAUAUAUCGCGAAGGCUUGUAAUGAAUGCAAACGCCGCAAAAUCAAAUGUAACGGGCAGUCGCCGUGUCAGCGAUGCGGACGGCAGCGGGUGGAAUGUGUGUAUGAGAGUCCGCCGCGGAGUGAGGGGGGUGAGAAUCAAGAAUCCAUGGACCGUCUCCUCGGCCAAAUGUCCGCCAUGCAGGAGCAAAUCACCGCUCUGACGUCGGCUGUACAUGCCCUAAGUCAGAAUAACAUUUCCAUGUCCUCGGCCCGAUCAGAGGCCGUAUUCCGCCGCCGAUCAUCCAUGAAAGAGAAAGAAAAGACCAAAGAAGUCGUCUUUCAAGGCCCCACGACAUCAGCGUUUAGUUUAGAUCUCGCCAAAUCGAAUCUGCAGCGCCGUGGGAUCGUUGAGAAUGGCGACCCUGAUGCAGGGGAAGAUGGCGACUUAACCCGUCCCGCGUCGCCGGUGCCCUCGCGGCACCCCGGAGAUCCGUUAUGGACGAUUAGCAAGACCGAAGCGCUACGGUUGUGUCGCGUGUAUGAGGAGGAGAUGGGGAUCAUGUAUCCCGUGUUGGAUCUGCAGGUGUCGUUGCAGCAGGUGGAGUGGUUGUAUGGCGGGGAGGCGUGGCCGCGGGUGCGAGGGGGGGAGGGGGAGGGGGAGGGGCUCGAUGGGGACGAUGUGCAUAUUCUGCGUCUGGUGUUUGCGUGUGCGUUGACGGCCGAAGCAGCGGGGAGUAGUGCUCUCGCGAUGGGGUUGUUUGAGAGUGUGCGUGAGGUGGCGGAUAAUUGUGUGUGGGGGGUGGCUGAAAUUAAGAAUAUUAUCUUUUUGACGUUGGUGGCUAUCUUCUACUUCCAAAUCGACGAGGAAACCCUCGCGUGGCGCACCAUCGGCAUCGUCGAGCGCAUGUGUCUGGAGAAGGGCCUUCAUCGACGGGAGACUCUGAAUCAGCCGUCCAUUGCCAAAUUCGGCAAAGAUCGUGUCCUGCGUCUGUUCUGGUCCAUCUACAUUCUUGACAUCCGAUGGAGCUUCGGCACCGGCAUGCCCUUUUCCCUCGAAGACACCGACAUCGAUCCGUGGCUGCCCGAGCCGGAGGAAAAAACGCCCUAUCUACGGGUCAUGAUCCGGUACAGUCGGAUCGCAGCUAAAGUAUGGAAGUUCAUUUCGGCCUUCAACAACACCAACGAGAUCAAAAAAGAGGAAAUGAACUAUCUCGACUGGCAGGUUCAGCGCUGGACAGCAGAUAUUCCACCCGUGCUGCGCCUCGAUUCGUCACCUGUCGAGCUGCAAGAUCAAGCGCCCCGGAGUCUACGUCGAUUGCGCGCGCUGUUAUACCUCCGGGCGAACCAGCUACGCAUGCUCAUCCAUCGCCCGGUGCUGCACUCGGCGGCGCAUAUAGCGCGAUACCCGGCGGAAUCGCAGACGGUGGUGGAGCUAGCGAAGGGUUCGAUCCGGUUUAUUACGCGGUUGAAUGAGACCACGGAUAUUUACCGUCUGCAGCAGGUCACCUUUAACUGGUUCUUGGUGUCGGCUGUCGCGGUGGUGUUUCUGGCUGUGACGCAGGCCCCGAGUCAAUUCAGCACCCAGUGCAAAGAGGAGUUCUAUAUGGCCUUGGAACUGGUCAAAGGGUUCUCAACCAAGUCAUACAUCUCACUGCGUCUGUGGAAGUCCAUUCGCAGUCUACGCAAACUGGGCCCGCAGCUAAUGCAUCGCGAGCCAGAGCGAGAGUGGGAAUCGCGAGAAAUACCCAGGACAGUGGAGAUAGCACCCAGCCAGUCCACCGGCACGCAAGAACAGUCACCACUCGACGGAGCACAGAUGACGCGCGAGCUCAUGGAAUGGUUCGAAGCCGUGGGAAACUUAGAAACGCAAAUCAUGGGCAUGGCGCCACAGGGGUUCGACGAGGGAUGGCAGCGGUAUGAUUACGGAGAGGAAUUAUCAAGUGUAAUGAAGGAUUGUUUUUAGUGCAGCACACCCAGCUAUCACUGCAAUAC